AGCUAUUGCGUUUAGUAAUGUGACGGGAGCGGGACGUAUACUCGAAUGGCGAUCGGUGGUAAAUUUGUAAUUUAUGCUCAGUUGGAUAAAUUUAAAUAGCAGAUUUUUUAAACAUUUCGUGAAAUAAAGUUCUAGAUGAUUUUUAUCGAAAAACAUUAAAAGAACUAGUGUAAAAUCUGUAAUAUCUCGUAAGCUUCUCUGAAGAAGCCAUGAACAUUACAUUAUUUGUGUAAAAGUGCAGUGAUUGAGUAAACUCGGAUUUUUCAUGAUCAGUACAAUAUAGCAUUGUGAUUAUUGGAUACUUUUGAUAUGUUAUUAAGUGACUGUUCCGCCGAAAUGUUCUGUGUUUUUACUUAUCAUAACCUCAAUCUAGAGGCUUUGUGAAUACGUCGAACUAUAUUGCAUCGCCGAGUGCGAGGCUUCGCUUAAAACUUUAAUUUACCUGUUAUAUAUGAUUCAACGCGAGUAUCCAAUGAACAACGGGUUUAGUACAGGAGAAGAAGAUUCUAGAGGUAAUUCAGACCAAAUAUGUUGCCUUGUGGAUGACAGCGACCGAUGUAGGCGACCUGCUGGCAACGCAUCGUACAGCAAGCGCAUACAGAAAACAGUCGUUCAAAGAAGACUCAAACUGAACAUAGAUCCUCAGGCAAGGCACACAUACAUCUGUGAUUAUCAUAAGACAAUGAUACAAUGUGCAAGAACAAAGCAAAGGAGGCCUAAAGACUCAGAGGAUGACAGUCAUGAGGCAGAAAUGGACUCCCCUGAAGUAGAUUGGGUCCAAUUGCAAGUAAAUACUUUAAAGAGAUAUAAGAAACACUACAAAGUGCCGACAAAACCAGGAUUUAAUAAAAGUCAGUUAGCUGAAGCUAUCCAGAAACACUUUAAAUCCUUGCCAGUAAAUGAAAAAGAAAUUGUGACAUACUUUAUUUAUAUGGUGAAAACAAAUGGCAAUAAGCUAGACCAGAAAAAUGGUAUGAACUCAGACUCAGUGUAGUGAUAUGUGAUUUUAAUUUAUAAUGUGUAGUUUUUAAUUUAGUAAUAGAAUAUAGAUCCAUGAUUUCUCUUAGAUUUACAAUCAACAUUGAAAAGAUUGUCAUCUGAAUAUUGCAUAGAUUUAAUAAUGAAAUAAAAAUAUAUAUAAUAAUAAUUAACAUAUAUUGUAGUAAUAAACAGAUAGCUAAGUCAAUACCUACAAGAUUUUUUUUUUAAACUAAAACAUAAUAAAUGUAUUUGUUUCAAUACACAAUUUAUUAUAAUUCCAAUUUUAAAAAAGAAAGAUUAUGUAAGAAUGUUUAUUUGAAGAUGGCAAUCCCAACAACACAUGAAAUUGUAACUUUAUAUAUUUAUAUAACUGUCACAAUCAAAACUUUUGUUAUAUAGAAGAUUACUUAUACAAAACAGAAAACAUACAUAGCCAGUGAGGCUAACUUUAAAUUUGUAUUUACCACUAAUUCUUCUAAUUUCCAUAUAGAAGGUGCAAAUUAUUAUAAUGAAAUAGAACAACUCAUUAAAUAUGUAAUGAAGUAUGCUUAUCUUUUAAAAAUUGCUGUUCUAGUAAAUCUUCUAUUCAAAUAUAUGAUUAUAUAAAUGUAUAUCCUUUCUUGCUGCAUAUGAAACGUAAAAUUGUUUUGUAUAUUAUAUGUAAUUAAGACAAUUUUAUCAAGGAUCCUCUAUUUAUUUUCAUCUAGAUAGGCAA